AUGUCUCUACCCAAAGCUUGGCGGGGGUUGAGAGAUGCGGAACUCUCAGAUGUCAGCGGGAUUCCUGGAUGUGUCUUCGUUCACACUACCGGGUUCAUCGGAGGCAACGAGACACUGGAAGGCGCUUUGGCAAUGGCUAGAAAUGCUCUUGAGAUUGGCGAUGCUGAGCGUGCUGAAGAAAUCCUUGCUGAGAUGGAGUCGAAGAAGCCAAAACCAGACUCUAUGAUGGACCAGACCUCGGAAACGGUGCAGCAAUCAUAG